AUGAGGAUGGAAGCAUUGUUUUGGGAUGUGAUUGAAGAAUAUCCGGAUCCCGCUGAUGACAAUCUUCUUGAUCCACCACGUGGGGAUGAAGUAGAAGCAUUUAAUGAAAAACGCCUACGUUACCUUGAAGCCAAUCACAUCAAACAACUUCAACGCAUGUCACUUAGGCACAACGAAGAGCUCCGUCAGUUACGAGAGUUAUUUCAACGUUGUAUAGAUUUGGAAUAUGUAAAUGAAGAUCAUGUAGGACAAUUUCCAUUACAGACAACAGUAUUGUCAGGAACAGUUAACCGCAUAUUGAGAGAAGGACAUGAAAUAGAUCUAAAAGACCAUGGAAUAGUGGAUGAACGCGGAGUGAUUGGGAAAGAGGAGGAUGUAGAGCGGGCGUUGAACAUAAUGAUGCCAAUCCCUCCAGAAAAGAGUACACUGAGUAUUGAUGAUUUGUAUAGUUUGUUUAGGAGAAUAUAUUCAAUAACAAGAAUGGAACAGAGAUCUCAAUAUGAAACCCUGAGAAUUCAUUAUUUACAGGAAGCUAUGCAGCUCAUGAAGUUAGUAUUGACUUCGAAACGGCCGGAAUCACUGCAACGGAAAAGGUCAUUGGGAAUAUCCAGUAUGGAUGUUGACAGCAUUGUCCCAAUGACAGCUGCACCACCACUUAACGCUGAUACUUUAAUGGGAGAAACGAAUCCCACGUCACUUCCAGCCAAACCAACUUUGGACAUGAUGGUGGCCAGUCAAAGAAUGCCAAGCAGUGUAUCUCGUGAUCCAAGAAUAACAGGGAGAGGUGGGCAAGAAGGUGGUCUUAACAAUAGCAGUAGCAAGUAA